AUGGCAGCGGUGGCUGCAGGGGGAAGGGGAACCCCGCCUGAGGUGGCGCAGCAGAUGGGGGUGGCGCAGCAGACGGUGGCGCAGCCGGCGAAGUGGAUUUGUUGGUGGUCUUCCUGCCGCGGCGUCAUGGAGGCGCUGCAGCAUCGCCGGCCAUGCCGGCCCUAUUCGGCGCUUGCCGAUGCCACCCCCACUUGCCGAUGCUGCCGCCGCGAGAUUGGAUUGGAGGAGGCGCCUGUGAAACAAAUCGGAGCUGGGAAACAAAUCUGCCGCCGCGAGACUGGAAGGAGGCGACCUGGGGAGCAAAUCGGAGCUGGAGAUUGGCUUUGGCGCGAGAAAAAGGAAGGGCAAGGCGGGAGACGACGCGGGGACCGAAAAUCUGCGCGCGUCUCGCAGGAGAUCCCGCGGAGCUGA